UGGGGAAAUUAAUUGUCGCGAAAAGCCGUCGCCGCUGCUGGGGCUGCUGGUUUGCUUGCCCCCCCUCCCUUUUUUUUUUUUUUUAAAAAAAAUCCACCAUGAAGUAGAAAGGGAGUUCCUAAUUUAUUUAUUUUUGAAAGAAAAAAGGACCCACAUUUUCUUGUCCUUUGGAAACAUCCCCCCUUUGAGCUUUCUUUUGGAAGGGGACAUUUUUUUGAGCGUGGUUACCCCUUCUCCCCCUCCCUCCCUCCCUCCCUCCUGCUCCCCAUCCUCCCCUCCCCUUCCUCCUGUUGCCUUUUGGCUCUCCCUCACUCUCUCCCUUUGCUUUGCCGGCUCCCUCUUGUCUUUCCCGUCCUCCCUUCGUCAGCUCCGGUCUUUUGCUACAUGCCUCCUCGCCAAGCUCUGGAGCCGGUGGUCCAAGCGCCUGGCUGCUGCUGCUGCCUUUCCGUGGACCCAGCAGCCUCCCCCGUCGGCAGCCCCAGCCCCAGCCUCUCCUCUUCCUCCUCCAGCAGCUCUUCUUCCCAGCCGGGCCCCUUCCCCCCGCCGCCUCGCCUGGGGGAUGUUGGACAUGGGCGAUAGGAAGGAAGUCAAGAUGCUGCCCAAGUCCUCCUUCAGCAUCAACAGCCUGGUGCCCGAAGCAGUGCAGAACGACAACGGGAGCAGCAGCAGCAGCAACCACAACCACGGGCACCAGCACCACCACAACAACCACCACCCGCACCACCACCACCACCACCACCACCACCACAUCCACCAGCAGCAGCAGCAAGCCCCCCAGCGAGGGGCCCCCACGGCGGAGGAGGACGAGGAGGAGGACAAGGGCCAGCUCUUGCUGCAGCCGCCCGGGGCCGGCGGGGCCACUUCGGGGGCGCCUUCCUCAGAAACGGUGGUGAGCAAAGGAGAUCCGGUCUCCGACCUCGAAGGGGAGAAGGAGAAGGGCUCCCCGGAGGAGAAGAAGGCCUCUCCGGACGGCGCCAAGGACAGCGAGGGCGGCAAGGAGGGCGAGAAGAAGAACGGCAAGUACGAGAAGCCUCCCUUCUCGUACAACGCGCUGAUCAUGAUGGCCAUCCGGCAGAGCCCCGAGAAGCGCCUCACCCUGAACGGCAUCUACGAGUUCAUCAUGAAGAACUUCCCUUACUACCGGGAGAACAAGCAGGGCUGGCAGAACUCCAUCCGACACAACCUGUCGCUCAACAAGUGCUUCGUGAAGGUGCCCCGGCACUACGACGAUCCGGGGAAAGGCAACUACUGGAUGCUGGACCCGUCCAGCGACGACGUCUUCAUCGGGGGCACGACGGGGAAGCUGCGCCGGCGCUCCACCACCUCGAGAGCCAAGCUGGCCUUCAAGCGGGGCGCCCGGCUCACCUCCACGGGCCUGACGUUCAUGGACCGGGCGGGCUCCUUGUACUGGCCCAUGUCGCCCUUCCUCUCGCUGCACCACCCGCGGGCCGGGGGCGCGCUGGGCUACAACUCCGCGGCCUCGGCCUACCCGAGCCACCCCAUGCCCUACAGCUCGGUGCUGGCGCAGAACUCCUUGAGCAACCAGCACUCCUUCGCGCCCUCCAACGGGCUGAGCGUGGACCGGCUGGUCAACGGCGAGCUGCCCUACGCCACGCACCACCUCACCGCCGCCGCCGCCCUGGCCGCCUCGGUGCCCUGCGGCCUGUCGGUGCCCUGCUCGGGCGCCACCUACUCCCUCAACCCCUGCUCGGUCAACCUGCUGGCCGCCGGACAGACCAGUUACUUUUUCCCCCACGUCCCGCACCCCUCCAUGAGCUCCUCCUCCUCCUCCUCGCAGAGCAGCAGCAGCGCCUCCUUGGCGGCCGUGGGCCGGGCCGCCUCGGCCUCCAGCUCGCCCCAGGCGCCCUCCUCGGCCUCGGGCCCGCUCUCCUGCGAGGCGCUCCGGCCCACCUUGCCGCCCGCCUUCUCCACCGGACUCUCGGGGGGACUCUCCGACUACUUCACGCACCAGAACCAGGGCGCUUCCUCCAACCCGCUCAUCCAUUAACCCUCCCCCCAUCCCCUCCGGCGGGGCCCAGGCCCGGGACUUGUAAGUUUGGAACGUUUUACACACUUCUUCAUUUUCCCGCCUUGUAAGUAAAAUAAUUAAAAAAAACAAACAUGCGAAUUGGGACGAGAGCGAGCGAACGAGCGACUGAGCGAGCGAGCGAGCGAGAGAGCGCCAGGCCAUAUCUAUAUCUAUCUCUAGAAAACAAAACAACAAAAGGAACAAAACCGAAAGAAAAGACAAAAAAAAAAACUCUCCCAGGAAAACAAAAA